AUGCCCAGAUAUCUCGUGAACAGUACUGUUUGUCUGGCAAAUUUCUCAUCCUCAUCCCAUACGAUCAAAAUUGUUGAUUUUGGGGAAUCCUUCUUGGGUCAUGACAUUCCUGAUUCGUUCCACACACCGCUCCCUGUUCGAGCGCCGGAGAUCGUAUUUGGAGAUAAGCUGAACUAUCGCGUAGAUUUGUGGAGCAUGGGAUGCAUGUUAUUCGAGCUUUUUGUUGGCCAGCCUCCAUUUGAUAGCUUCAUGACAACGCCUACAAUACUUGUCCGCCAGAUGCUAGAGAUGGCCAGUGACGAGCUGCCCAAGCGUUGGCAGCCAGCAUGGGACGUCAUGAAUAGCGUGUCACCCGACGACAGAUCUGAUUACACGCUCCAAGGAUGGCUAGAGGAAGUGUACUUUGAUGGAGAGAGAGACCAAUAUUUCAGUCGGGAAGAUAUACUCGAAGUUGAAAGAGCGUUAUCUAGCAACAUUUUGGAGAAUCUAUGGUUACAAAAGGAUUGA